CCAAAUCUCUGUUAUAUAUAUAUAUGUGCACUAGGUGUUAGAUAUCUCUGUCAAGAAGAAAGCUUGAAAAAAUGGUGGCGGCAGAGUUUACUUCCGGUGAUAUUGGCUCCAAGGAAAUGAGAAGCUUUUGGUUGCAAGUACUCCAUGGACGAUGGUUCAUGGUGUUUGCUUCAAUGCUAAUCCUCUCCGUGUCCGGAGCAACCUACAUGUUUGGUCUCUACUCCACAGACGUCAAAACCUCAUUAGGCUAUGACCAAACGACACUCAAUCUCCUAAGCUUCUUCAAGGACGUGGGAGGCAAUGUCGGAAUCCUAGCCGGUCUAGUUAAUGAAGUCACAGCUCCAUGGGUGGUGCUCUUAAUCGGUUCAGUCAUGAAUUUUUUCGGUUACUUCAUGAUCUGGCUAGCUAUCACUGGUCGAACCUCGAAACCACGCGUGUGGCAGAUGUGUUUGUACAUUUGCAUGGGUGCAAAUUCUCAAACGUUUUCAAACACAGGAGUUGUAGUGAGCUGUGUCAAGAACUUUCCUUCUAGUAGAGGAAGUGUUCUGGGGCUUUUGAAGGGACUUGUUGGUUUGAGUGGUGCUAUAAUGACACAGCUCUACCAUGCUUUCUAUGGAGAUAACUCAAAGGCUUUGGUUUUACUAAUUGCUUGGCUUCCGGUUGCUGUUUCGAUUGUGUUUCUUCCCAUCAUUCGUUUGAUCAAGAUUGUUAGACAGUCGAAUGAGCUCAGAAUUUUCUACAAUCUUCUUUACAUUACUCUCGGCCUAGCUGGAUUUCUCAUGGCUUUGAUUAUCAUGAUGCACAAGCUGAGGUUUUCUAGAAUUUGUUACAUUGGAAGUGCUUCAGUUGUGCUUAUCCUACUCUUUCUUCCAAUCGCAGUUGUUAUAAUGGAAGAAAUCAAGCUCUGGAGGACGAAAAUCAAAGUCGUGGACGAGCCAAUUCAGCUCAAAGUAGUGGCUGAAAAUCCAGCUCCUGCUGUAUUAGUAUCUACUGCAACUCCACAAACCCAGCAGAAGCAUAAUUCUUGCUUUCAAACUGUCUUCAAGCCGCCCAUUAGAGGUGAGGAUUACACAAUUUUGCAAGCACUUUUUAGCAUUGACAUGUUGAUCUUGUUCAUUGCUGCAAUCUGUGGAAUUGGAAGCACUUUAACUGCUAUUGAUAAUCUUGGUCAGAUUGGGGACUCAUUAGGCUACCCAACUGACAGCAUUAGCACUUUCAUAUCUCUGGUAAGCAUAUGGAACUACCUUGGAAGAGUCGCUUCUGGCUUUUCUUCAGAAGUCCUUUUGAAGAAGUACAAAUUCCCAAGACCACUUAUGCUCACUCUAGUGCUUCUCUUAUCAUGUGUUGGCCAUCUCCUAAUCGCGUACGGGGUCCCCAACUCUCUCUACGUUUCUUCUGUGAUUAUUGGCUUCUGUUUUGGAGCUCAAUGGCCAUUGAUUUUCGCCAUCAUUUCUGAACUCUUCGGCCUCAAGUACUAUGCCACUUUGAUCAACUUUGGUGGUGCUGCUAGCCCUAUUGGGGCUUAUAUCCUCAAUGUGAAAGUGGCUGGAAACUUGUAUGAUGCAGAGGCUUUGAAGCAACUAAAGGCUUUGGGGAAGACUCGAGAAGCAGGACAGGACUUAACUUGCGUAGGAGUGGAGUGUUACAAAUUGGCCUUCAUUAUAAUUGCUGCUGUGACAUUGUUUGGGAGCCUUGUUUCAUUUAUUUUGGUCAUCAGAACAAGGAAAUUCUACCAAAGUGACAUUUACAAGAAGUUCACUGAGGAAGCUGAGGCAGCCGAAGCUGAUUUCGCUGGAGGCGUUGUUGGUGCUGAUACUUCAAGCUCAUCAAAAGCAGCACAAGGACCUGAGGCAGACUUGGAUUAAAAAAAAAUAGGACACUCUUUUAAUUCACGGUGUUACAUGAUAACUUGAUAAGCACACCUCAAAAGGCCUUCGGGUUCAAAAGGCCAGCCUAUCUUCACAACCUUCCUUGAGGCUCCAUUUUUCUUUUCCUUUAUAUGCUUCUCUUGUCAACCAGACCCUUGCAACAUCGUCCCCUUGCGGUUGGGUUUACCAACGAAAGCUGUUCACUCUCAAAUCAGAUUAAUUAAUUUGUACUAAAUGAUCCACUCGAAUUAUUGGAUCGAAUCGGAUGAACUUAUUUGUACUAAAUGAUCCACUCUACAUCCUGUCCAUUGACAAGUCUGGAAAAACAGUGUCAAAUAUAUCCCCAUCAUUGUUGGAUUCAUCUGUUUUGCUUUCGAAUGGUUACAAAUUAGAUGAAACUCUUAAUUUUUAUCUUGGCAAAUUGGGUGACUUUAGUACAAAUGUGUACAGAAAAAGCACCAGCAGCUGAAACAAAGUAAACAAAUUCCGAGUACUUUAACUUGAAAGUCAAAAAUCCAGCGGGCAUAGAAUUUCUUAUACAUGCAUCCGUCUACUUGAACUUUCUGGCAAAAGCAAAAUGGUACAACGGAGAGAGACUACAACAAAACUUGUACACACAUGCAGAUGGGUUCCAUAAUUGAUAUUACUCUUCCAGCUCAAGUAUCUUCACCACAGCUGCAUCAGCAACUUUCUGGCAUACUAUAACACGAUCGUGAGGCUUUAUAACACCACA